CUCCACACACCCACAUGUACUAUACUAAAGGAACCAAAAUAAAGUCGACCCUUAGAGAACAGAUAUCUUUCUCCUGAGCUUAUAGCUAGAUUAUUAAAGAGUUGCUAGCCAUGUGUUCCAGACUACUACAGUGGAUGCCACAAGGAGGGAGAGCUUUGAACCGGCUCUACUCUUCCCCUGUGGUGACUGUUCCCAACAUCACUAACGAGCCUAUACUGAACUUUGCUCCGGGAUCCAAAGAAAGGAACGAUGUUAUCAAGGCACUUGAAGAGCUACGGACGGAGGUGGAGGAGAUUCCUUGUGUGAUAGGAGGACAAAAGAUCUUCACAGGGGACAUCAAGAAACAAGUCUCACCGUACGACCAUCAACGAGUCGUGGCCCACUAUCAUCAUGCAAGCAAGGAGCACAUCCAACUAGCCAUCGAUGCCGCCAUGGCUGCCAGGAAAGAAUGGGAGAGAACACCCUUUGAACACAGAGCUGGUAUAUUCUUAAGAAUGGCGGACCUCCUGGCCACUAAGUAUCGCCCUAUGGUAAUCGCCACUACCAUGGUGGGGCAGGGCAAGACAGUCCUUCAGGCUGAGAUUGACGCGGCUUGUGAGGUUAUCGACUUCUUCAGAUUUGCCGUGCUUUACGCUGCAGAGAUGUAUGGGGACCAGCCCAAACACCACUCCCCCAACACGUGGAACAGAAUCGAGUAUCGUGGAAUGGAAGGCUUCGUGGCAGCCGUUACUCCGUUCAACUUCACAGCCAUUGGAACCAACCUCAGCAUGACCCCGACACUCAUGGGCAAUGUGUCUGUUUGGAAGCCAUCCAACACCGCCAUUCUCUCGAACUACUUUGUGUUCAAGGUCUUCCAAGAAGCUGGCAUGCCGGACGGUGUGUGCAACUUUGUGCCCACCACUGGUCCUAACUUCGGUGACACCAUUACGGCCUCUCCCCACCUCGCUGCUGUCAGCUUCACCGGGGGAACAGAUACUUUCACCCACCUCUGGAAGCAGGUGGCGGACAAUGUAGGAGUGUACAGGACGUUCCCUCGUUUGGUUGGAGAGUGUGGGGGCAAGAACUAUCACCUGAUACACCCCAGUGCUAAGGAGGAUACUGACUCUAUUGCGUACUGUUCUGUGCGAAGUGCCUUCGAGUACAGCGGACAGAAGUGUUCAGCAUGCUCCAGAAUGUACGUCCCUGAGUCACUGUGGCCCGAGAUUCGUGAUAAGAUGGUUGCUGUGGUGAAGGAGAUGCACGUGCUGUCGGCUGAGGACUUUAGGUCCUUUACCUCGGCUGUCAUCGACGCCAAGUCCUUCAAGAACAUCAAGGGAUACCUCGACUUUGCUCACUCUUCGUCAGAUUGCAACGUCCUAGUGGGAGGGAACGCUGAUGACAGCGUUGGCUACUUUGUGGAGCCCACCAUUGUCCAAGUGACUGACCCCAAGAACAAACUGAUGGAAGAGGAGAUCUUUGGACCAGUUCUCACCGUUUAUGUCUAUCCUGACAAAGACACUGACGCUGUGCUUGACUUGGUGGACAACACUUCCCCCUAUGGUCUCACUGGGUCAAUCUUCUCACGUGAUCGGGCCUACGUGGAGAAGGUGAUGCGAGAGUUGAGACAGUCAGCUGGCAACUUCUACAUUAAUGACAAGUCCACUGGAUCUGUGGUUGGGCAGCAGCCGUUCGGAGGAGCAAGGCUUUCCGGUACCAACGACAAAGCCGGAGCCCCUCAGUUUGUGCAACGCUGGACUUCUCCCCAGUCCAUCAAAGAGACCACUGUCCCCUAUGCUGACUGGAGUUACCCAAGCGUAGACAAAUAACUAAUAGCAGUAACACAAGGACUGCUUUAUUAACCCAUUCUUCUAUGGACAUUUUUAGGUUUAUGUAGACCAUUUUUGUUUGUUUAUGAAUUAUUUGUGAUCAGGAAAUUACCCUAGCUGGGGAAAGUCCCUGGGAAUUCUCAGCUGUAUUGAAA